AUGAUUGUCGUCAACCCUGGAGUUGUGGCUCUCCCGCUCGACGAGGACAACACCACAGAGCCUGCGUGGUUGCUGCUGUACGACUCUUUCGGGAUGCAUGCUGUGGGGGGCAAUGCUUUCAAGAACAUGACCAAAGACAUCUUGCUUGGCAUGGCCUUCGAGAAGGAGCAUGGCAACCGCACGAUAGAAGAGAUGAAGGCGAGGCUUGGGCGCUUCAAGCCACACGUCAUGGAGGCGUGGCAAAUGCCUCUGCAGCAGAAUGAAUAUGACUGCGGCAUCUUCGUAUGCCAGUACAUUCAAGCGCUAGUGGAGGCAUGCUUCGAAGGUGCUGAGCAUGGGGUGCGGUUCAGCAUGAGCCCACUGGCAUACCGGCGUGUCAUACGGGAGGAUGUGUGCGCCCUGGCAGAAGGACGGCUGAUCGGCGAGCUCACGGCAGCUGGGCAUGAGAUCCCUCCUGGCAAUGAGAUUAGGAAACCAACUGAGCUUGAGGUGAUUGGUGAUGAGGUGGAGGAUAGGGAGUGGAGAGCGGAGAUGGCAGAGCGGAUGCAUAGGCUGGAGGUUCGCAAUGAGAGUCAGGCAGUGGCUAUUGCCAAGCUCGAGAGGCAACUGCGUGAGCUGAUGCUGUCCCGUACUCCACAGCCGGGCAUUGGCGGUGUCGAUACAGGGGAAGGACAUGGUGAUGUGGGAGGGGACGCUGCAGGAGAGGGACAUGUUGAUGUGGGACAGGUAGCUACCGGGGAGGGACAUGGGGAUGCGGGAGGGGAUGCUGUAGGGGAGGGACAUGGGGAUGUGGGAGGGAACAACGCUGGCACACAUGACACCAUGAGAGGUGCACAUGGCGAGGGUCCUGUGGCUGACGUUGAGACGGGUGUAGGUGGGAAUAACAGUAAGCUUGAAAAAGAUGGAGAUGGUGAUAUGGCGGACGGUGCGAGGAGGGACAAUGAGGAAGUGGGGGUGCGUGAUGAAGGUGCCAAAGGCUUCCGCCCACAUUUGCCGACCGUCCCUCUCCAGCUCAACGAUGGUGGAGUUGAGCGUGGAGGAGAGGCGGUGCUUGGAGGGACUGACGACGCAUGGGGUUGCAAGGAUAGUGGAGGCCAAGCGAUGGGCAGAGUGGAGGAACUGGCGAGAAGUGCUCGGCAGCCUCCCUGA